AUGGAACCAAGGCGAGACUCGGAAUUCGACCACAUAUUCUUACAUCCCACUGCGAAUAGCCGUUACCGUGGAGGAGACUCAAUCGCUUUGUCGUCAAGAAACACCGGAGCCUAUCGUCGUCUAACCGCCGCCGACGAGUCGUAUCUCCAUCCGUACGAAGCAUUUGGCUCCCCGAAGCCCGCCGGUGCCUCCGCUGCUCCGCCUUAUCGGGAUGGCUCAGACAGAGGCUUUGGGCUGGGAAUUGGCCAGCCGGGUGAUGGUAGACAAGUCGGUGGCAUGGGAGAGGAGGCCGACUUGGGAUACAAUCCGGCGCACCAUUCGAGGAACUGGAGCCAGUCCUCGCUGGGGGAUGCUGGAUAUACGCCGCCGGACUUCUCCGGGGCAUACCACCGCCCGUCGCCCUCUAUGAAUUCCUCUUUCCAGUCCGAUGGAUCAGACAACGACACCGUCCGUAUCGUCCAGCCGGCAGACGGCCAGGAGUAUGGUAUUGAUCGUCCAAAACGUAUCAGCUGUCCGAGUCGUCGACAUGUUGUCCAAAAGCGGACCGCAUGGCUGUCCAUUGCCAUAUUAGCUCUUGCAUUCUAUUCCACAGCCUUUUCCGCUCUAUACUUUGUCAUUGCUUGCUUAAAACCGCACUAUGGAAAUAGAAUUGGGGGCAAGGGGGCGCUGGCACCAUCAACAGCCUCGCUUCUAAGUGCUCUGUUCGCAAAGACAAUCGAACUGUCCUUUGUCACGGUAUUCGUCGCGUUUCUGGGACAAGUGCUCAGUCGAAAGGCCCUGGGUAAGAAUGCUGGAGGCAUCACGAUUGCCGAUAUGUCGAUGCGGAGCUGGGUCAUGCAGCCGGGGACCCUGAUCACACAUUGGGAGAACGUCAAGCAUUCGGCCCUUACGCUGCUGGGGAUGAUUGCCAUGACGACGACCUUCGUGGCCAUGUUUUAUACCACUGCGGCGGAGGCGUUGGUUUCACCGAGACUCACGGCUGGCAUCCCUGAGAUAAGGGAGCUUACCGGCGAAGUAAACACCAAGUUCGCCAACGCAACAUACUUAUACGAAAAAUGCCAAAGCCCGGUUCCGCUGGAUGUAGACCCCCUUUAUCGAGGCUCAACUUGCAUGCAGAUUGCAUUUUCUGGACGAUCAUUCCACAAUUACGAGCAAUAUCUGGCUCACUGGGCAUCGAAUCUUACUUCCGAACAUAGCUUGACGGACAUGACAUAUCGCCCUCCACCAACUGGUACGUGGUAUGAUAAUACGACAGUCAGAGGUAGCUGGAUUGAACCAUACAACAUGACCGACCUUUCUAUCCAGUGGGGCCGAAUGGUCGUCAAUGUCACAGCUGCAAUGCCCCACGCCGGUAUAUUCUCAGCUGCCAGACAUCCAAAGAAUAGCAUCCGUCUGCCGGAGGAUCUUGGAGGACAAGGAGGGUUUACUAUUGAAGCUGCGGUUCCGUCGCCGAUUGUCAACGUAAUCUGCGCGGGCAUGACAGAGGAGGAGUUGGCUCCCAUAGUUUAUACCAAAUGGCCCCAUCCCAACUUUGAAUUCAAUCCCUCCACCUGGCUCCAGAAUCAGACCUCGGAUAUGCCAAACUACCCAGACUGGCUGAACUUGACAGUGGUCGAUGACAUCUUCGAAUUUGGCGAGAAAUUCGGCGAGCGAGGCCAGAGACCGCCUAUAUUCCCUAAAAUACCAGUAGAAUACAACACUAUCAUCAAUGUGACUGCAAAAUACGGCGCGCAUUCGAUCUACCUCCUGGGGACAUCCCCGCCGGAGGUAUACCCACCUCACUUUCUAUGUCAGAUGAAGGGCGGAUUGACUCCUCAAUGCCUAACGAAAUACGAAGCAGCCUCAAGCGGCGGAGUACUCUAUUCCGAAUGUGGUGGUGCCGCCCACUCGAAGACUUACGCAGAGAUUGCCCCUGACGCUCCCCGGAUCAUGAUCGACAAAGAUUGGAGAGACGUUGCAGAAGAAUGGGCCAGGUCUAUAGCUUUGAAUACGGGGUUGUCAGACGGUUAUGGGAGCAAUGCGCGCCUGCUCGCACAGCUAAUCCCCAACUCCGACAGCAAGACAAACAUCUCAUCGUUGAACACGAACCUCCCAUCUGUUGCCGAAGCUCUGGCAGCCAUGGCCAGCUCACUCCUACUACUCGGCACCAAAGAUGCAUCGUUCGAUCAUCGCAAAACAUAUGAGGACGCUCGAGCAGCAGCCCAGGGCGGACCUGUCUUUGAACACUUUCGCGCCUCCGUUUGGGCCUCUGACUAUGCCUCAGGAGCGAACUCACCAGCAUGGCAGAACGUGUUUUAUGCCGUCCUCGGCCUUGUCCUGGUGACCAACCUCAUCUGCUUGGUAUAUCUAUACCUAGCCUUCCGGGGUGUGCAGUUAACCGAUUUCACUGAGCCCCAGAAUACACUGGCGCUGGCUCUAAAUAGCCCGCCUAGCAUCCAUGUGAGCGGAGCCUGUGGUGCAGGGCCAGAAGGCAAACAACUUACCCAACGAUGGAUGAUUUCCAUGGAUGAAAAGGACGAGCACUAUUACCUGAUUAGUGCAGAAGAAGCAGAGGAAGAGGAGGCUAGACUUCGACAGAGAGGGCCCUACAUUAAUGACCCACUUGAUGAUGAUGGCAACAUAAAGUAUGCGAUAAUAUUUGUCUCUGCCAACAGCGGCUGCCUUAUUGUGCUACGAAAAACGGGGAUGGGGAGCGGUUCUGAUAUUGGGACAUUGGAUUUUUGGGCUGCAGCGAAGGCUUUGGCUGACGGGAUGCUGUGGCUCUGGCUCCUGCAGGAGUCAUUGGAUGAUUGGUACGAUGCCUAA